AUGCUCGCGAGGAGCGUCUAUGCGUUAGCCCGAUCUCAGAUCACAAGCAGGAAUUAUCUGCCAUCACUUUCGUCAUAUUCUAGACUUUUUCAACUAAAAUUUACCUUCUCUACAAUGCCUCCAAAGGGCUCCAAGAGGAGAACAGCCUCCCCUGUGGGCAAAGCCAAUGGAGUUGAGACCAAAAGAGUGAAACACGGAGACAACAAAGAUGAGCUCUGCCAACCUCACCCAUUCGCAAAGGAUGCAGAAGAACAUGGCAUCGUCCUACGACGCUUCUAUCCCCAUGAAAUGAGCACUUCUCGAGCUUAUGCAUACAACGAUAAUGAAAUUGAAAGGCCAAUAGAAGGACUUAUUGCGGCAUUGGAAGAGACAGCCGGAGCUCGAAAGCAAGCCAGGGUCCGGCACGCUGUUGUUCAUUGGUUCAAAAUGGAUCUUCGUCAUUCUGAUAAUCGGUCACUCGCAUUGGCAAGUGCUAAAGCUAAAGAAGCUGGCGUUCCUCUCAUUUGCGUUUAUAUCAUAAGUCCUCAAGACUUCGAGGCCCAUCUUACGUCGCCGGUCCGGGUAGACUUUAUGUUGAGAACGUUAAGCGUUCUCAAAGAUGACCUGGCGGCUCUCGAUAUUCCUCUCUAUGUGGAAACUGUUGAUAAGAGGAAGGACAUUCCACAUCGCAUGUUGGAGCUCAUGGAAGAAUGGGGAAGCAACCACCUCUUCGCCAACAUGGAAUACGAAGUUGACGAACUGCGACGUGAAGCUCGUAUGAUUCACCAGUUUGCCGAGAACAACAUGUCUUUUGAGGUGGUUCAUGAUACGUGCAUUGUACCGCCAGGACAGUUACAUACUGGUGCAGGCAAGCAAUAUGCUGUUUACACUCCUUGGUAUCGAGCUUGGAUGGCUCAUAUUCAUGAGAACUUGGAUCUCAUCGAGCUUUAUGAUCGACCGGAGAAAAAUCCAGAUGCUGCGCGACGAACCUUCAAGACGCUCUUCGAUUGCCGAAUCCCAGAUGCACCAAAGAACAAGCAGCUCAGCGAUGAGGAGAAAAAGAGAUUCCACGGUCUGUGGCCCUGUGGCGAACAUGAGGCCAUGUCGAGAUUGGACAAAUUUUGCGACGAUGCAGUCACAAGCUAUCACGAUAAGCGAAAUAUCCCUGGGGACAGCGGGACGUCAGGCCUGUCUGUACAUCUUGCGAGCGGGACAAUCAGUUCCAGGACAUGCGUUCGGAUAGCCAGGGACAGGAAUAAAACUAAACGAUUAGACGGCGGCCAUCAGGGUAUCCAAGUUUGGAUCAGCGAAGUAGCCUGGCGAGACUUUUACAAGCACGUUUUGGUUCACUGGCCAUAUGUCUGUAUGAACAAGCCAUUCAAGCCCGAGUAUGCGAAUAUCGAGUGGUCUUACAACAUGAAUCAUUUUGAAGCAUGGUGUGAGGGGCGAACUGGAUUCCCCAUUGUCGAUGCCGCGAUGCGUCAGCUCAAUCACAUGGGAUAUAUGCACAACCGGUGUCGAAUGAUUGUCGCUUCGUUUCUGUCCAAAGACCUGUUGAUUGAUUGGCGCAUGGGUGAGAAGUAUUUCAUGGAACACUUAAUUGAUGGCGACUUUGCGAGCAACAACGGUGGCUGGGGGUUCAGUGCCAGUGUUGGCGUUGAUCCACAGCCCUACUUCCGCGUCUUUAACCCGUUGCUCCAAAGUGAAAAGUUCGAUUCAAGCGGCGAGUACAUCCGCAAAUGGAUUCCUGAGCUAGGGGCCUUGAGCGACAAGGAGAUACACGAUCCGUAUAACCGAGGUGCUGGCACCAAAGCGAAAAAGCAGGGCUAUCCGAAGCAAAUAGUCGAUCAUAAAGGCGCAAGGGAGCGUGCUCUGAGCGCAUACAAGGCCGGGCUCGAGAGUGGGAUCUAG